AUGGUUGUCAUCUCAUAUGUUGGGUUAGAACAUGCAAACAUGCAGCCAAGAGCAAGUGUUGGAGAUGGUUUUCGAGUAAGUGCCUCAAGUACUCCUAGUAAUUCUAGUGGUGGAUCUGAACCAGAUGACAUAGACUCAUUUCAUGCUGUUUAUAUAUGGGGGGAGGUUUUGGCAAAUGGGGUUUCACCUGAUGGGAUUGGAACUCAAAUCCCUUCUAAGACAGAUGUAUUGAUCCCUAAGGCUUUAGAGUCAAAUGUUGUUCUUGAUGUGUGUCACAUUGCAACUGGCGCACAUCACAUUGCUAUAGCAACUAGGCAAGGACAUGUUUUUACUUGGGGACAAGAAUCAGGGGGAAGACUUGGUCAUGGAAUUGAUAAAGAUUUUUCCUCUCCUGUUCUAGUUGAGUUUCUAGAAGGUAAUAAUUUUGAAUUUGUUGCAUGUGGAGAGUAUCAUACAAGUGCUUUAUCUAAAUCUUUUGAACUUUAUACGUGGGGUGAUGGAACACAUAAUGUUGGACUUCUUGGACAUGGUUCUGAGGCUAGCCAUUGGAUACCAAAAAUGGUAAAUGGCCCUUUGGAAGGACUUCAAGUUGUGUCUAUUGCAUGUGGCACAUGGCAUUCAGCAUUGGCAACCUCAAAUGGAAAACUUUUUACCUUUGGUGAUGGGGCAUUUGGUGUAUUAGGCCAUGGAGAUCAAGAAAGUGUGUGGUAUCCAAAGGAGGUACAACUAUUAACUGGACUAAAGACUAUAAAGGUUGCAUGUGGAGUUUGGCACACAGCAGCUAUUAUAGAGGUUGCAUUUCAAUCUGGUUCAAAUAGUUCAUCAUGGAAGCUUUUCACAUGGGGAGAUGGAGACAUGCAUCGGUUGGGUCAUGGAAACAAGGAAACAUACCUUCAACCUACUCGUGUCGCUCCACUUAUGGAGUAUAAUUUCCACCAAGUAGAAUGCGGUCACAAUAUGACAAUUGCUCUCACUACAUCUGGUCAUGUCUUUACCAUGGGAGGCACAGAACAUGGUCAAUUAGGAAAUCCUAUGUCACUUGGAAAAAUACCUACUCUAGUCCAAGAUAAGUUGCUUGGUGAGUUUGUUGAGAAAAUAUCAUGUGGAGCACAUCAUGUUGCUAUCUUGACAAAUAAAAGUGAAAUAUAUACAUGGGGAAUGGGUGCUAAUGGAAGAUUAGGACAUGGAGAUGUAGAAGAUAGGAAAUCCCCUACAUUGGUGGUAGCUUUAAAAGAUAGGAAUAUAAAAAAUGUGUCAUGUGGCUCUAAUUUUACAUCAUGUAUAUGUGUACAUAAAUGGGUCUCUGAAACUGAUCAAUCAAUUUACAAUGGUUUUCGGCAAGCAUUUGGUUUAACAAAAAAGAGACAUAACUGUCACAAUUGUGGAUUGGCCUGUAGUUCUAAAAAGACAUUGAAAGCAACAACAUUGACUCCAACACCAGAAAAACCUCAUCGAGUGUGCGAUAAUUGUAAUGUUAAGCUUAAAGUUGUUAAUGAUAAUGGUGCCUCCAAGUUAGAUAGAAAAGUCACUCCUUCUCAUCAUUCCAUAAAUGGAAAUGAAAGAUUGGGCCAAGGAACAAUAAGGUCUACAAGAACUCUCUUGUCUCCCAUCACUGAACCAAUUAAAUACCUUGAGAUAAAGAAUAGUAAUCCAAAAAACAAAUUUGAUUCUACUUCAUUUAUACGAGCUUCUCAAGUUCCAUCUCAUGUACAAUUGAAAGACAUUGCAUUUCCAAGUUCACUUAGUUCUUCUCAAAGUGUUUUAAAGUCUACUAUACCUCUUGCUAGUCCACCACGAACUCCACCACCACAUACCAAUUCAGGGCCCAUAUUUACAAACACAAGAAAACAAAGCCCUACACGUCUUGCUAGUCCUAGAUACUUUGGAAGUCUUAACAACAAUUUAAGAAGGACAAAUGAUGCUUUGAAUCAAGAAGUUUCAAAGUUACAAAAUCAGAUUCAAAGUUUGAAGCAGAGAAGUGACAUGCAGGAUGUGGAAAUUAAAAAGCUUAACAAAAAAGUUGUGGAAGCUAUUGCCUUUUCUGCAGUGGAAUCUUCUAAUCAUGGAGUAACAAAAGAAUUUUUUGAAUCUACUGUUUAUCAGUUAAAGGAAAUAACUGAGAAGCUGCCACAAAAAAUUCCAGAAAGUAAAACUUUAAGAAUCGUGCUUACACAAGCUGAAGAUUUUCUUAAAGGAAUUUUAGAAUCUAAAACAUCUUCAUCAUCAAAGUUGGAGUCUAAGCAACCAAAUGCACCUGAUAUACCAAAUUUGAAUAAUGGCUCUUCUAAUCUACAAAAGAAUAGAGUUGAAGAAAAUGUGGAUAUUGCAGGAGUCAAUCCUUGUCAAGAUGAAGGGAAAUUCCUUGAAGAAAGUAAUAUAUCAAACUUGCAGCCAAAGAAACAAAAUGCACUUGAUAUAGCUACCUUAGAUGGUGUUUGUUCCAAACUACAAAAACAAAGAAUACAAGAAAAUAUGGAGGCUAAUGGAGCCAAUCCUUGUCAUGAUGAAGAAAGUUUCCUUGAAGAAAGCAAUAAGUCAAAGUUGGACUAUAGGAAACAAAAUAUACCUACUUCAGAUACUAGCACUUCAAAAAUGCGAGAACACAAACUAGAUAAAAAUGUUGAUGAUGUAGAACUUGACUCUUGUCAAGAUAGAGAAAUUUUACUUGAAGAAAGUAGUGAGACAAAUUUGGACAUUAAGUACCAAAAUGCGCCUAAUAUGCUUGCCUCAAUUAGUGACGUUUCUGAAUUUCAAGAUGAUAAACUAGAGGAAAAUGUUGAGGUUGCAAGAGUUGAUCCAUCUCAAGCAGAAGGACAUAUCCCUCAAGAAUGUAAUGGGUCAUUUGCAUCAAGUGUUUGCAAAAUAAUGCCUUCACAAAACUCAUACAAUGAUUCAAGAUCAAUGGACACUUCAAGACUCGGGAAACAAGGAGAGAUACAAGUUAUUGAAAAAUUUGAACGUGGUGUUUAUGUGAUACUCAUGUUACAAUCUGAUGGUACCAAAAUUUUUAAACGAGUUAAAUUCAGGUAA